GAUGGAUGCGGUGCCUGUGCGAACGCGCGCGCUUGUCGGGCUCCUGCCAUAUAUACGCACGGCGAGCCGGGAAGGGACAGAUAACCUGCGAGAGGUGGAGGAGGCUCACCACCGCGAGAGGAAGAUCCGGUACCGGUAGAUCGGAGAAGAAGGGUUUGUUCGGGGGCGAUGGAUGAGGAGUACGACGUGAUCGUGCUGGGGACGGGGCUCAAGGAGUGCAUCCUCAGUGGCAUCCUCUCUGUCGAUGGCCUCAAGGUUCUUCACAUGGACAGGAAUGACUACUACGGUGGAGAAUCUACAUCCCUGAAUCUGGCCAAGAUCUGGAAGAGAUUCAAAGGCAGCGACACCACUCCUGACCAUCUGGGUGUCAGCAAGGAGUACAAUGUCGACAUGGUGCCCAAGUUCAUGAUGGCCAACGGUGCAUUGGUCCGUGUCUUGAUCCGCACGAGCGUGACAAAGUAUCUGAACUUCAAGGCCGUCGAUGGCAGCUUCGUCUACAACAACGGGAAGAUCCACAAAGUCCCUGCGACAGAUGUUGAAGCCUUGAAAUCUAACCUAAUGGGCCUGUUUGAAAAGCGCCGCGCUAGGAAGUUCUUCAUUUAUGUUCAGGACUACGAAGAGGAUGACGCGAAAUCACACGAAGGCCUAGAUCUGCACAAAGUCACGACGAGGGAACUCAUCUCCAAAUAUGGACUGGAGGAUGACACAGUUGACUUUAUUGGUCAUGCAUUGGCACUUCACCGGGAUGACAACUAUCUCGAUGAGCCUGCAAUUGACACUGUCAAGAGAAUGAAGCUUUAUGCGGAAUCAUUGGCGCGCUUCCAAGGUGGAUCACCUUAUAUCUACCCCUUGUAUGGGCUAGGAGAGCUCCCUCAGGCCUUUGCUCGUCUGAGCGCUGUUUAUGGUGGCACAUACAUGCUCAACAAACCAGAAUGCAAGGUUGAGUUCGAUGAGAGUGGUAAAGCAUUUGGUGUGACAUCCGAAGGGGAGACCGCGAAAUGCAAGAAGGUUGUUUGUGAUCCCUCAUACUUGCCUGACAAGGUGAAGAAGGUUGGAAGGGUGGCGCGUGCCAUAUGCAUAAUGAAGCAUCCAAUUCCUGACACCAAAGAUUCUCACUCCGUGCAGAUUAUCCUCCCAAAGAAACAGCUGAAGCGCAAAUCAGACAUGUACGUGUUCUGUUGCUCGUACGCUCACAACGUUGCGCCGAAAGGCAAGUUCGUCGCCUUUGUGUCGACUGAAGCUGAGACCGACAAGCCCGAGAUCGAGCUGAAACCCGGGAUCGACCUGCUCGGCCCAGUGGAGGAGACAUUCUUCGACAUGUACGAUCGAUUCGAGCCUGUUAACGCUGCUGAGGAGGACAACUGCUUCUUGACAACUAGCUACGACGCGACCACGCAUUUUGAGACAACGGUGAAGGAUGUGCUCGCCUUGUACAGCAAGAUCACUGGAAAGGAACUUGAUCUUUCCGUGGAUCUGAAUGCUGCCAGUGCCGGUGAAAACGAUGCCGCUUGAACAUCUGUUGCUAGUAGAUAAUUUCAGUUUUCGUUCUUUCUUUGUCCAUCGAUUCGUUCGUAGAUGGAUCGGUUCCAUUCGAUCCAUUUCUUGCUUUUGGGCUUCCAUUUGUCCUUCCUGAUACAAAGUACAGUACCAUGGAUUUAUAUAUAUCUAUAUACGUCGAAUAAUCUCUGCAUUUCUUCA